CCAAAAAACGAACAAAUAUUUCUGACGAAAGUCUUGAAAAAGACAUAAAACGAAAGCCGAUCAAAGCUCGAAGAAACUCGCGAAAUGAAUUGGCUGUGUCUUUACGUGAACGAUCACCAGUAUCACUAUAUGAACAAACCAUUGAAACAGAUUUUACUCUUAUGAUCCCAGGAUUUGAUCCUGGAAUGUUUGGUAUGUCUGGUGAAUCGGCCAUUAUGAUUAACAGACCAAUCGAAAUUUCACGACUCUUAGAAAGAGGAUUAUACGGAGAUCAAACGCAAAAUGCGCGUGAGGCACUUCCGGCGCUUUCUCAAGUAUUCUCGCAUGCGUGUGUUACACAAGCUCCUGGUGAAAACGGGAAGCUGCACUCUUCUUUUUUCAGUUUGAUGUCCUGCUAUAUACCUGAAGUGUAUAAGAAAUACUUAUCUGACAGAUCAAAGGUGAAUGUUAAUGAUGUUACUGAUACAGUUGAUGAUAGUAAAUCUUUACCUCCUGGUUGGGUCGAGAUUAAUUAUCCAGAAUAUCGACCUCCUUCUCAAGAACAAUAUUCUGACGGAAGAGCUGAAUUAAGGAUUCUAGCUAUAGAUUGUGAAAUGUGUAUUACGGCAGAUGGUCCAGCCCUAACUCGUGUAUCGGUAGUUGAUGACAAACUUAAAGUUCUUUAUGAUUCGUUUAGUGGAAUAACCGAGGAAAUAUUGCAUGAUGUUACUGUUACCAUCAAAGACGUUCAAACUCAGAUUAGUGAGUUGGUCGACAAAAAUACUGUUUUGGUGGGACAUUCUCUUGAAUGUGACUUGAAAGCAUUGCGGUUUGCACAUCCAUUUAUAAUUGACACGUCAAUUCUUUAUUCUGACCCCCGCAAUUCAUACAAACCAAAGCUGAAAAAUCUUGCAAAAAUGUGGCUUGAUAGAAAUAUCCAAUCUAAGGGACCUCGUGGACAUGAUUCUAUUGAAGAUGCCAUGACUUGCAUGGAUCUCCUAAAAAUUAAAUUAAAUCGAGGUCUGGAUUUUGAUAAAACUCAUGAAUCCAUUUUUGAACGUAUAUAUCGUAUGACGGGCAGUACGACUGCAGUUGUGGAUCGCGAAGCUAAAGCUGAUUUAUAUGUAGAUGGAGCUAAAAAGGUGUUGGAUGCCUUAAUAGAAAUAGUAAGCAACGACCAAAAUAUUUUAUAUAACUUGGUAUUUGGACGAUUUCUUGACCUUAAAACUCUUCCUGAUGAUAUGGAUGGACGAAUUAGUCUUGUGAAAAGGCUUGGUGAAAGAAUUAAUAAGAUAUAUGAUAAACUUCCAGUUAAAACAAUGUUUAUAGUUACUAGCGAACAAUUUAGUGAUUGGACCGAACAUGAUGAACAAGAACUUCAAAAUGCUUAUCUUAAGGCUAAA